CAGUCCCCCCUCCCCACGCAGGAAUGGCGGGCUCCCAGCUGCCGCAGCCUCUUCUGUUGCUGACUCUGGUGCUGCUGCUGAAACCUGAUGGGAGUUCCGGAACUACCAGUGUCACCCCUACAGGUGUUUCCUUUUCAGGUGUUACAACCUCAGAGGUGGCGACCUUGACUUACGAAUCUCUGACUUCUCCCUCCAGCCACCCCUCCCCUUCUUCAGUGGAAAACUACGACAGCCAAGAGAGCCCAGAGACAGGCUCCACCCCCGACCCUAGCACCCCUAGUUCAGAGGCAGGUUCCAUAACCCCCUCAAAUUCAGGGGGACCCUCCACCAUGCAGCCCACCUCCUCAAAAGCAGAGACAAUCACUCACUCCAGCUCUGGUUCUCCCAGUUCAGAGCACACCCUCACCUCCCACUCUAGCCCCCUGAGUUCCAUCUCCUUGACCACCCUGCAUCGGAGCCCCACUCACCCCAAUCCCAGCACGGUGCCUUCCUCCGUGUCCUCGGCCACCACUGACGGGACAUCCAGCUCCCCUCCAGGUGAUACUGGGGCCCCCGAGUUGCACAGGAACCCAGGUGUGGUGGUGGCCGUGUGUCUGCUGGUGUCUGUUUUGCUCAUCGGAUGUGUGAUAAUGGCCGUGAGGUGCUGCCACAGAGGCGUGUCUGAGUUGGAUGAGGAGCUCGUGAGCCAAAGGUCAUCCUCUGCCUAUCACACACUGAAGUAA